UCGAGACCGACUGCCAGGUUCUAAAAAUCGCCCCUUGCUGAGGGAAAUCUAGAGUCUGCUUCCUACUGUUUCAUCCAAAAAAAAAAUCAAGAGUCUGCUUCUCCUGUGGUAGUUGCAGGAGAUCACCUGACAACACCGAAACAACGAAAGCGACGGUGCUUGCUUCGUCACUUGUCAGUUCCCCACACUGAGCUAGAUGACGAUGCAUUUACUGCUACCACCUCAGCUUCUAGAUUAUCAUCGUUGAGACGAGAAUGCAUAUCGUAUGGGAUGAUUCAGAGGCAGAGCACACAGGCGUCGCGUGCGUGCAUUGAUUGAUCAGCUCACCUAACCUCGACGAUGAGAGGAACGUAGCACAGCGUCAGCACUCAGCAGAGGAGAGCCACUUGCUUCACAGGAGAGAGAGAGAGAGAGAGAGAAGACGUACGAGAGAGAAACAAGCCAUGAGCAGAGCCUCGCUCCUCCUGGCAGCCGCCGCCGCCGCGGCGCUCUGCUGCUGCGGCAUCGUCGGCGGUGACACCGUGGCCGACUCGUGCGACGCGAUCCGCGACUUCGUGGACUUCGCCUUCUGCGCGUCGCGGCUGCGGUCCGUGCCGGGCGCCGCGUCCGCGGACCGUCAGGGCCACCUCCUGGUCGCGGCGGACCUGGCGGCGGCCAGCGGGACGUCCGCGCGGGACGCCGCGGCGUCCAUGGCGCGGGAAGAGAGCGACCCGGCCGCGCGGGACGCGCUGGAGGCGUGCGGGAUCAUGUACGGGGCGGCGUCGGUGCCGGCGCUGCGGCUCAUGCGCGGGUACGCGGCGGCGCGGAGCUGGGGCGCCGCGCGCUCGCUGCUGCCGCUCACGGGGCAGGCCGGCAUCGGGUGCGAGGCGGCGCUCGGGGGCGCCGCGGCGGCAGCGGGCAGGAUGGCCGGAGCCAACCGCGAGUUCGACCAGCUCACCACCAUGGCCACCGCGCUGCUCAACAAAGUCAGCUAGCUUGCCGUGCUGACGUGGCACGCGCACCGUGGUGAUGUGGCGGCUUCUUCUUCUUGGGUUUCAUCUGACAUGGCUGGAUUUCAAGUAGUGGAUCAAUAAUCAAUCACUAAUUCACUGUUGUUUUGUCGCAAUCUACAGUAAUAUGUGUAUGAAUCGUGAGUUCAUGAACAAUAAUGUCGCUGUUUGAGUGUUC